CAUUCUUGAUCCGCCCCUGAUACGUGUAUAUAUACAUAGGUACGACCGCAUUUAGUCACGUGACGUUACGCAUACCCAGGAAGAUUAAAACAUUUGGGAAUUUACUUUACUUGAGCCGUGACUAAUUGAAAUAUACAGUCAUUUAUGAUGGACAGCUGAUAACUUCGAUCAGUGUUAUCGGCAUCCAACAACAUGACUGAAAAGGUAAAGUUCAGCUCAACACAUGGACAGAAUGUUACACUUACCAAUUCUUCAACGACAGCCACCUGGUCAACACGACAGUCGGGAGGAUGGGUUUUUUCGCUGGCUCCUCUUGAACAAGGACAGACUGUUGUUGUAGAAUUAGACGGUAGUGGACAUUGUGACCUAGGAUUCAUAAAAGAAGACCCACAGUGUACCAACGUAAUGAAGCAAGUUUUCAAACAGAUGAAUGAAAUACGUAUACAUAAACGAAAAUGCACGAUACCUGUUACUCUCAAUGACAAAGCAACCGAGGUCAGCUCCCGAUUCCAGGAGAAAACGUUCACUAAAACACUUGAUCAAGAAAGCAAGAUGUGGUUGGCACUUUAUGUAAAAUUUGGGAAGAUAUCUGCAAAGUUGCUGAUGAACGGUUCACCUGAGUAUCCAGUAAUGUUUUCCAAUAACCAUGGUGCCAACAUAAGUCUUGAAGAAAACAAUUGUCUUGCCUCAACAGUGUUAGCAAAUCCCGCCUCCACGUGUUUUGUGAAAGACAAGAUUUCGAUUGGUGAGGAGUUAUUGUUUCAAUGCUCGCCUCUUCUUGAAGGUGAACGUGAGCCCAGCAGGUACCAUCUUAAAUUGCAUGUUUAUGAAAGGAAUCCAGAAAGCCUCAAGAAGGAUUUUAGGUAUUUAUUUGACUCUGGAACAGCAUACGCUGGUGAACCACCGGUUACUACAUUAGAAGUAUUUGAAAAGGAAGAAUGCAAAGGCGAUAUUGUAGUCACAUUAAAAUGUGACACAAUCGUUGGUUAUAGGGCUGCUUCCAGCAAAUACAAUGAGCAGACGCUACGUGUUAAUGUCGCUGACGGUAUCUGGGUUAUUUUAGAGUUGUAUAGGACUACUGUUGCAGUUAGUAAAAGAGCUAAAACCUUUUCAGUGACGGGUGUUAACGUUGCAGACGCUGCUGUUCGAGAGCCAUCAAAUGUGAAUGCAGAAAAUUCCAUGGAUCCUAUAAGAUCCAUGCAAGAACGAACUGAACUUAAGCGACAAGUUAGUGAUUAUUCUGAGGUUUCAGACGCAAGAACACCUGAUGACAAUGUAACCGAAAGACUAGCUUCACUUGAAAGGGGUCAUCAAGAACUUCAUGCAAACGUAAAGGCCUUAACACAGACUUUGCAAACUGCUGUUUCUUGCAAUAACUUUUCAGUGCCUCCAGGACAUGUACCAAAAGCUUUCCCUUUAACUGUGGCAUCUGAUAUGCGUUCACAAACGUGCGACAGAGAGAUACAUAUUCGGAAAAACUUCACGCAGCUUAUCAACAAUAUGCAUUGUGUCACUUUGUGUGACAAACUGUUUGAAAAAGAACUUAUAACACAAAAUGAAUAUCAAAAUAUCAAUGCAGAAACAUGCUCCCCAGAUGCAAAUAGGAAGCUGCUCUUGGCAAUAAUGAAAAGAAAAAUAAUGAAAUCGACGAUGGAUAAAAUACUUGACGAAACUGAUCAGGGAUAUUUGAAGAACAUGUUUUAAAAUAUAUUCGUACAUGUUAUGAUUUCUAUGCUGAUGCACUCUCUUGCGCUAUAGUGUCAAAUUCUGAACAAUCUGGUAUGUCAAAACGGUAUUUCUGUUAGUUUGUACAUUAACAGAGUUCGAACGCCUUCAUUUUUCGCCAGUAACUAUGGUACCCUGGCUUCAAAACGUUUUACACUUACUAAGAAUAAAUUUAGAACCUUCCCAUAUAAAAUUAGUGAAUAUUUAUGUACAGAAAUACCGUAAUUUAAAACAUUAAACUCUAAAUGUAGUGUAAAGUUCCAUGACUCGUAGAUUGUUCGCGCAAAUACUUAAGAGUGGUUGUCAACGGCUAGGAAUAAUAAGGAAAACGUAAUGCCCUUCAAUUGACUCCGUAGCCCAAAGACUGUCACGUCAUAGCAAAGUCGUGACAACAAUGGUGCCAAUAAUUCCUAAGCUUUGCGCUAAGCCUGGCUUCGCAUCUCCCAUACCCUCGUGGCGAUAGAUUCCACCAAGAAAGAGGUGUCGAGAGUGAUUCAAGAGACUUGCCAUCUUUCAUCUUUAAAAAAUUAUUCUAAUUGUUUGUUGCAUAAAUCAAUAAAAUGAAUUUCUGAUGGUUUAAAGGCGCAUAAUGCCAUUGUUCAUAAUGUGGCUGUCACAUUUUUUACUAUGAACAUAAAAUAUAUUGAUUUCUUAUUGAAUCAUAUUUUCAAUACAUUUUGUAACUGUUUUUUUAGCUCACUUGAGCCAAAGGCUCAUGGUGAGCUUUUGUGACCGCUCAAUGUCCGUCGUCCGUCGUCCGUCGUCCGUCCGUCAACAUUCUUUUUUAAUCUUCUUCUUGAAAACCACUGGGCAGAAUUACACCAAACUUCAAAGAAAUUAUCCUUGGGUGGCCCCCUUUCAAAACUAUUCAAAGAAUUGAAUUCCAUGCAGAACUCUGGUUGCCAUGGCAACCGAAAGGAAAAACUUUAAAAAUCUUCUUGUCCAAAACCACAAGGCAUAGAGCUUUGAUAUUUGGCAUGUGACAUCAUCUAAUGGUCUUCUAUGAAGGUUGUUCAAAUUGUGCCCCUGGUGAAAAGAGGCCCUGUCCCGGGGGUCACAAGUUUUACAUAUACUUAUAUAGGAAAAAACUUUUAAAAUCUUCUCGUCUAAAACCACAAGACCUAGGACUUUGAUAAUUGGUAUGUAGCAUUGCCUUGUGGUCCUCUAUCAAAAUUGUUCAAAUUAUAACCCUGGGGUGAAAAAAUGCCCUGCCCCGGGGGUCUCAAGUUUUACAUAUACUUACAUGUAUAUAGGAAAAAACUUUAAAAAUCUUCUCGUCUGAAACUGCAAGGCCUAGGCUUUUGAUAUUUGGUUUGUUGCCUUGCCUUGUGGUCCUCUACCAAACUUGUUCAAAUUAUGCCACUUGGGUGAAAAGAGGCCCUGCCCUUGAGGUCCUGGGGGUCACUUGUUAUAUGAGUUAUAUAGAAAUAGAUACUUAAAAAAUUAUCAGAUCAUAUUUCCUAGACUGCUGAAUUAUAAUUACCUGAUGACCCCAAGUGGUUAGGGGGUCACUUGACUAUGACCUUGACGUACUGACCUACUUUCUUGUUUUUUAAGAUACAGCCUUGAAAUUUGGAUGACAUGUACAGUUUUGCACACCGAUCUUAAAACUGACUUUCAGUGACCAUGAAUGUGACCUUCUGACCUACUUUCUAAUAUUUUAGCAUCAGUUUGCCAUUUUAAACAUGUGGCUCAUAUUAUUCAGGUGAGCGAUUCAGGGUCAUCUUGACCCUCUUGUUUUCUGAUUUUUGACAAAAGUUCGAAUAUUGAUUGAACAUAUAGUACAACCUUUACUAAAAGCACUAUGUAUGAUUACCUCCCUUUACAGCUUUAACUGUUUAGAUGCUGAACUUCUGAAUUUUGUUUACUUAAAUUGGUUUCAUAUAGCCUAUACAUGUUUCUAGUAAAUUUUUAUUAGACACUUUCAUAGAAUUGUGUCUGUGAUAGUAUUAUUGUUAAGCUGUCUUUUUUUCUUUUUCUUUUUCUUUUUUUUUUUUAUUAUUUUGGCGAAUUAUUUCAGUGAAAUAAGAAGGUAAAACAUAAAUAAUAAUGAGUUCGUGUGUUUUAAUGCAUCUGGAAUUGAUUUCAUUAUACAUGUAUCACGUUAUAAAUUCAUACAUCUACAUAUAUUUAGUUUGUCUAUGUAUGAGAAUACUAAAAUGGACAUUUGUAUUGUCUGAAACUGCUUAUUUAUCUUGAUAGUGGAUUAGCUGCUAGAUAAAACUACUCAUAUGUUGGUGACGUUCUGUGCAUUUAAGCACCUGUCGCUGUUGUUUAUCCUUUUAUCGAUUUUCUGUCACAUUUGAGGCCGAUCUUUUCUCGUUCUUCACUAUUAUAAAACGAAAGUUUAAGAACGAUAACUCUGUAAGGAAGAAUGGUGUAUAAUCUCUAAUCCAAUAAUGUCCGUCAAAGGAUUUUUGGUUAGAAUUAUUUCAAAAGAAUGCAAUGCGUUACAGUUAUCGCCCUUUGGCGUAAGAUCAAUUUUACACUUAAGUACAGGGUUUCGAACCCACAAUUUCAUUAAUUAGCUUUUAAGAUAAAUAACAGUGUUGAUAGAUAACGUCACAGAUAUUGGAAGUGAUGAAAUGAAGUCGGCCUACAGGAGGCAUUGUAUUCAGAAAUUGAUUUGUUUAUUUGAUUUUUGUACAGUGUCAUUGUAGAUAACUUUAGUAUUAUUUACUGUAUUUCUUUUUACACACUGAAACAGACAAUCCAAUCAGUAGAGGUCUAUUAUGUUUUGUAAAUAAAUGGCAAUAUUACGUGUACUUGAAUUUCAAUGCACAUGUUAUGAAAGCAUAUUGACAGAUAAAUUUACCAAAGAAUAUGUGUUAAAAUGUGUGACAAAUACAAAACAUACAUGUUUUCUUUUAUUUAACCACACUCGUAAGGACUUUUUUCAUUUCUUUCUAUUCUCAUUUGUGAUUUUUAUGAGGGAUUCCUCCCGUACACAAUUUGGUAAUUUUCAAUAGUGAAGUCAAUAAAUGCCAUUUGACGAUGGAUCUUACAUGGGUUUCUUUCCAUAUUGAAUUUAUCAGAAGAGUUGAAUGAAGCAAUAAAAUGCGAGAACCUGCCAGUGAUUUUCUAUUUCAACGAGUGUAAUAAUUGAAUUUGGAAAGACAAAUGUAAGAUUUAUACCGCUGGAGCAUUGAAAUGUUUUCUUUCUUUACUUUAAUUCGACAAGUGUCUAUAUUUAACGACGUCAACGUCAAAAUGUUAUUUACAAAAUUCUAUUCUAGCAUAAAACUGCUGUUACCGUCACUUUCGGGGGCGUUUUAACAGGAGAAAAAACGUUUGCUUACAGAGAGAUCCUCGCGCUCACGUGCUGUUAUAACACCUCUUUAUAUAUGCGGGUUCCGUGGCAAAGCGUAAACAAUAUAUUCAUUGACCUGGUUUUUGCGCGUUUUAUGCUAGAAUAGCGUUAGCAUGUGUUCUUUGCGUGUUAUAACAUCUUCAGAAUCCCCUGCCGGGCUCGGGCACCCCUUGAACCACACUCGGGAUUCUGCUGAUAUUGUAACACGAAAAAAAUAUGCGUUAUCCCUACAUUCUAAUAUGCUUGCCUCUGUUAAAACACGCUUACGCUAGAAUGACGUCGCGAUAACGUGCUACCAUAUUUUAUCUACUGUUUUAGAUUAAGUUAUCACAAAAGACUGUUUUAACACUAUUUAUACACUCGGAUGGUAAUACGUCGUACAAAUAAUUUUACUCUGGCUGCGCCCUGAUGAAAUUAUUACGCCCGACGUAUAGCUGCCCAUCGUGCGGCAAUGCUUAAAUCAUCACAACGUUAUGUUGACGUCACGGUGACGUGAUAUUUAGCACCAUGUAUGCAUGUAGAAAUAGAGCUUUCAAAUUUGAUCCAAUAUUUUACUUAAAAGCUGGUUAUUCGCUUUGAAGGCUAAUUCGCCAACAUUUUUGCCCAAACUGAACUCUUCCGAGAGAUGUAUUACCAUUUCCAGUUCUGGUAUGUAUAAACAAAGGAGCAUGACGACCUACCAUUUGGCGACAUGCAUACGCGAAGAUACAGUUCUGUCAUAUUGAUCUAAAUUUUACAACAAAGACAUAUUAGAAUCGAAAUAUUCUUUUAUAGCAAAGCAGUGUUUUAACACUAUUUAUGCACGAUGGGCGGUUAUACGUCGGGCGUAAUAAUUUCACGAGAGCGCAUUCGGUUACAUUUGUAUUUCACUCCUACGACGUCAAACAUGUUAUUUUAUUAUAUACCUAAAUAAAUUCUGUAAAAAAUCAGCUUGUAUUUGACAAUUAAAUAAGAACACACAGACAAAAAAAAUUCCGUAUUGUACCUUUAGAAUUCCGUAUUGUACCUUCCGUAUUGUAUACUGUCGGACUAUUUUCAUUAAUAUGCAUAACACGACACAUUUCUAUAAAUAGCGCACAUAAAAACUUCACUAAGUUCCAAUUAAUAUCGAUAAACAUUAAAGAUUUCGUUCAAGAACAAAACAAGAAUCAAAAAGGUAAAGGUAUAUAAUAAAAGGGUCAUUAUAACAGUAGCUGGAUCUGGGACUUUGUAUUCGGCUCUCGUGGAUUUUGCAAGUUCGGAACACACUCGGCGCUUGCGCGCCUCGUGGGAUGCGAUCUAGCAAAAUCCACUCGAGUCGAAUACUGCAUCCCAGAUCCAGCUACUGUUAUAAUAACUCUAUUAUAUCCGCUAACCUGUCUUGUAUUUGUAUCAUGCGUUUCAAAAGAGAAGAGUACCUAUCACUAUUUUAAAAGCAAUAUAUUUGUGAAAUAGAGAUUAUGCAAAGUGUGUGGAUGGGUUUAUAAUAUUGUUAGCUCACCUGUCACAAAGUGACAAGGUGAGGUUUUGUGAUCGCGCAGCGUCCGUCGUCCGUGCGUCCGUGCGUAAAAUUUUGCUUGUGACCACUCUAGGGGUCACAUUUUUCAUGAGAUCUUUAUGAAAAUUGGUAAGAAUGUUCAUCACGAUAAUAUCUAAGUCAAAUUUGAAACUGGGUCAUGUGCGGUUGAAAACUAGGUCAGUAGGUUUAAAAAUAGAAAAAACUUGUGACCUUUCUAGAGGCCAUAUUUUUCAGGAGAUCUUCAUGAAAAUUGGUGAGAAUGUUUACCUUGACGAUAUCUAGGUCAAGUUUGAAACUUGAUUAACUGCGGUCAAAACUAGGUCAGUAAAUCUAAAAAUAGGAAAACGUUGUGACCUCCCUAGAGGCCAUAUUUCCCAAUGGAUCUUUAUGAAAGUUGGUCAGAAUGUUAACCUUGAUGAUAUCGAAAUCAAGUUUGAAACUGGGAUAUGUGCGGUCCAAAAUUAGGUCAGUAGGUCUAAAAAUAGAAAAUCCUUGUGACCUCCCUAGAAACUGGUAUACAUGCUCUCAAAAACUAGGUCAAUAGGUCUAAAAAUAGAAAAACCUUUUGACCUCUCUAGAGGCCGUAUUUUUCAAUGGAUCUUCAUGAAAAUUAGUCAGAAUGUUUACCUUGAUGAUAUCUUGGUUAAGUUUGAAACUAGGUCACGUGCGGUUAAAAACUAGGUCAGUUGGUCUAAAAAUAUAAAACGUUGUGACCUGUCUAGAGGCCAUAUUUUUCAGGAGAUCUUCAUGAAAAUUUGUGAGAAUAUUCAACUUGAUGAUAUCUAGGUCAUGUUCAAAACUGGGUCAUGUGCCUUCAAAAACUAGGUCAUUAGGUCAAAUAGUAGAAAAACCUUGUGACCUCUCUAGAGGCCAUAUUUUUCAAUGGAUCUUCAUGUAAAUUGGUCAGAAUUUUUAUCUUGAUGAUAUCCAGGUCAACUUUAAAACUGGGUCACAUGAGCUCAAAAACUAGGUCACUAUGUCAAAUAGUAGAAAAAACGACGUCAUACUCAGUUUAAAACUGGGUAUGUAGGGACAGGUGAGUGAUUCAGGACCAUCAUGGUCCUCUUGUUUUGUUAUCUACUUGAUUUUAUUUGUUCUUGUUUAUUUGUUGUUGUUGUUGUUGUUGUUGUUGUUUUUGGCAUGCUGUAUUUUUCACAUGAAAAUUGUACAUGUAUAAAGGCUAGAGUCCUUUUGUAUGAUAUAGUUUCGCUGCCGCGCUCUAGGACACAGUCCUCCCGUUCAAAAUCUGAUAUUUUUUUACAUAAUUUCUUCUUCAUAAUUCGCAACUUGUGCUCAUAUUCAAACAAUUAAGUUCAUUGAAAGAGAAAUAUAGAUUUAAUUAAAAGUUGAUUGAUAA